AAUAAGUUGGAAUUUCACUCAAGUUUGAUUUUGAUACAACCAUUUCAUCAUUUGAAGUUACCAUAUAUAUAGUUCCAAAACAUUUUAAUUAAUGUGCUCCAUUUGUAGGUUAAAGGACUAUCUCCCUCUAUCACAUCAACCCAACGGUCAAGAUGGCAUCUAAUGUAACAGUUCAAUCAGUGUUGGAGAAGAUUAGUGUGGAUCAUCUGGAAUGCUCCAUCUGCACCAACCGUUUCAGGCAGCCCAAACUGCUGGACUGUUUGCAUAGUUUUUGCCUGCAAUGCCUCCACGAGCUCAGACAGAGCCAAGAUCCUAGUGGUACAAAGCUGACAUGUCCUCUGUGCAGACAUGAAACCAUGUUGAAAGGGUCUGGGGUUGCUGAUCUCCCUAAUAAUUGUGCAUUCAGUGCCCUGGUGGAGGAAGUUACAAUGCAGGAAAAGCUACUGGAAGGUCAAGGGUCAGAGAUCAAAUGUCAAAACUGUAAAGAGGAGAAUCAGGCAAUUUCAAGAUGCAUGGAUUGCGAUCAUUUCCUGUGUCAAGAAUGUCAAAAGGCUCAUGAACGUAUGACUGUCAUCAAUUCGCACAAAAUCUAUACACUGGCUCAACUUCGAUCAGGAGAGAUUGUCUACAAGAGUAAACUCAGAGAAGAAAUUCCAAAAUGUGGCAAGCAUCCAGAUCAGAAUCUCAAUGUUUACUGCAACACAUGUGAGCAAGUCAUAUGUCUCAUGUGUACUGUUCUAGAUCAUGAAAAACCCAAACACUCUUGUAUUGGCUUACCUGAGGCUUUUGAGAAAUGUAAGAAAAAGGUAGAAGAACUUAUUGCAAAAAUUGGUAAAAGCAAAACAGAACUGAACAGUACCAUAGAGAAGACUUGCAUAUCUCGCAAGAAACUUGACAUCAUGUUUGCAAACACCAAAAAGAAAAUCUCAGAAAAAGCUGACCAAGAGGUUGCCAAGAUCCGACAGGAGGAGCAGAAACUGUUAAAAGAGACUGCCAGGAUUUACAAAGAGAGAGUCGUAACAUUUGAAGCAGCUCAAGCCAAUAACAGCAAAGAGGUGACACAGACAGAGCACAAGCUGGAAGAGGUGAUACAACUCAUGAAUCAAGCAAGUUGCUAUGAGAUUCUUGAACUUCAGCAGAAGCUCUUGCAUAACCUCAGUGAAUUGACAGGGAAACAGCCACAACAAGUUCCUGACAAGUUGAGCUUCAUGGACUAUGAAGAUGAUGAGAGGUCACUUGGGAGACUCAUUCUGGAAGAAGAGCCACAGGCUGCAGCUAAGCAAUCACCAAGACCUUUAACAAGACACCUGACAUCUAACAAGAGGAAGCCCCUGGAUGCCAGGGCCGACAUAGUAUGGUUGCUGAGGGCGCAGUCAAGUUCCCGCUGCAACUAUAGAUAA